GUCUUCGAGCGAGCGCUGCAUGAUUGGGAGGGCUUCCGCCGCAGCCAGGCCCUGCAGCUGGCGUCCCAGCUCCUGGCCCCCGAGCUCGGCAGAGAAGCCUUCGAGCUUCGAGCCGAGGCAGUAGCGCAAUGCCCCUGGGAUUUGAGCGCUUGGGCAGCCUGGCUCAAGACGCGGCCGUUCCCCGUGGCAGCGCUGCAGAGCCGCACAGAGGCUGCCGAAGCAGCUGCAGCUUGGCCAGGUGGCGUGCGAAACCUGUCGCGUUCCCGACCUGUCCGGGCAAGUGUGGACGAAGACCGUGCGCAAUUCGUGGUCGACGGAACCGACUCGGAGUGGCAGCUGGCCAGGUUUCCGGCUGACGCUUCGGAGCCUCAGUGGUUGGAAAUUGACUUGGAGCAGGCCAGCGUGGUGCACGAGGUUCGGGUGAAGUGGUGGGGCGACUAUGGCUCUCGAAACACCCUGCGCAUUCUAUCGUUGCUUCAAGACGCGGGCCUCGAGGGCACGGAUGAUGCAGGUGUUUUUGUGGAGCGGGGGCGCAGACAGCACAACGCCGACUUCAACGGCUGGACAGAGGUGCCUGGUUGGGAAGACCCCACCAGAAUCUUGCGCUUCGAGGUUGGCAACCCUUGCCCUGACUGCUUUGGGCUGAAGAAAAGCUACGGUAUACGAAGAAUUGAAGUCAUGGGCUGCCGGAUGACGGAAGGCAGCCCAACCCCGGCAGCUCUUCUCCAGCGGUUGGCGGAAGCGUCCUUCCCAGAGUUGGAGGCUCCGUCGGGCGACGCAGCGAACUUGCAGGGCCAAAGUCGCAGUCUGACAGAGGAUGCCGCCUCUGUUCAACUGCACACCUUCUCUGGCCGAGUCCGUGCGCCUCGCCGUGUGAGUGUGAGAGGCGGUAUGACCACCUUCUCGGUGCAUCAUUUGGCUCGAGAAUUUGCUAGAUCUAUCACUGAUCACUGUGAAGCGCAAGAGGUCUUUGACAGCGAUGGCGGGAGCACCAACAACCCCUGUCGAUUUAUCAGGCCGCGUGCUUUCACUUCCGAAAUCGGUGGCGCCAGCUUGUCCCAAGUGAGACAAAUCUUGGAUCGAAGCUGCAACGCCCGCACGGUGCAGGAGGCCCUGACGGAGGUCCGAGGUUUUGCAAGCCUCGGGCACAAUCUCUGGUCUUACGCGUACCUUCGCAUGCUGCACCACAAGGAUCCCAACUUGUUCUACCAGACUCUGCUUGCCGAGCCAGCCUUCCUCAUGCCCAUGGUCUACACCCCCACAGUGGGCGAGGCCUGCCAAAAGUUCGGGACCCUGCCCUUCUUGCCUCGUGGCUGCUAUGUGUCCCUAUCUGACCGCGGAAAUGUCAAAGCAGUCCUUCGAGAGUAUGCGGAGGCACACUUGCCCAAAGACUCGAGCGGCAAGCCGCAGUGCCAGUGCAUUGUCUUCUCGGACGGCGGUCGCAUUCUUGGACUCGGUGAUUUGGGCGCCUGGGGGAUGGGAAUCCCAAUCGGCAAAUUGGAUCUAUACACCGUGUGCGGCGGUUUUGAUCCAUUCAGAGUGAUCCCCGUCAUCAUCGAUGCUGGCUGCAGUGAUGCAAGCGGAAACUCUGCAAAGCUCACAAUCCGAGACCACGCCCUCUACACCGGGCUGAAGCAAGACCGUGUAAAGCAUGUCUCAGCCCAGGGUACAGAGGUGAACACUGCCUACUAUGGCCCCGACUCCUUCAUCGGGGAGUUUAUGACAGCUGCAUCCGAGCUCUUCGGGCGAAGCUGUCUCUUGCAGUUCGAGGACUUCAAUUCGAAUGAUGCCUUUCCUCUGCUCGAAGAGUACCGCUCCAAGUUCUUGACAUACAACGAUGACAUUCAGGGUACAGCCUCUGUGGCGAUCGCUGCUGUCUUGGGAGGCAUCAAGCUGAACCGGCCCCACUGCACUGAUCUUUUGACCGACCUUAAAGGUCUGCGACUAUUAUUCCAUGGCGCUGGUUCAGCCAAUCUCGGCAGCGCCAGCUUGAUGCUGAAGGAAGCCGGUGUGCCAGCGUCCUCGAUCCUGGUCACGAACUCCAAGGGUGUCAUUUGGAAAUCUGCGGAUGGCAAGAAGGGCACCUUCAAGAACGACGAGCAGAAAUCGGUUGCAAGCGUGGGUGAGCCGAAGGGCUACGACGCGACCAACCUGGUUUCCAUCAUCAAGCAUCACAAACCAGACGUUCUUGUGGGUGCCGUCGGCCGCGCACCGGGAUGCUUUACAGAGGAAGUGAUCAAAGAGAUGGUGGCAGUGCAAGCAGCGAAGGGCGGAGCAUUCCGACCAAUCAUCUUCUCGCUUUCCAACCCAAGUACACAGGCUGAAGUGACGGCCGAAGACUGCUUCAAAUUCUCGGGUGGCAAGGCGAUCUAUGGUUCAGGGACCAAGUUCGAGCCCGUGAAUGUGCAGGGCAAGAUCCGCGCGCCAGGUCAGGUCAACAACUUCUUCAUUUUCCCUGGUGUCUCCUUCGGCGCCAUGUGCUGUGAAGCGAGCCACAUCCCGGACCGGCUCUUCAUGGAGGCUGCCGAGGCCGUGGCCAACUCUCUGGACAAGGCAGACAUGGAGCUGGACUCCGUCCUCCCCAGCACCGGUCGGAUCCGUGAAGUGGGCCACAACGUUGCUUUGAGGGUCGUCUUGGCAGCACAGGAGGCUGGACUUGCCCAGAAGAAGCUGGGAGACACAGCCGAGGCGCAACACAAAACGACUUGCAACACCGCAUGUACUGCAUCAUGA